GUUUUCGUCUGUACAAGUGGAAUUUUGAAAAAAGAAGCAGAGAGCGAUGGAGAAAGUGGUUGAUCUCUUCGGAGUCGGAGAAGCUAAUUCCCAGAAGCUACUCGAAGGAGGCAAAGAUCUCAGCGAGAUCCAACAGGGAUUGUUCAUAGGAUCAGUAGCUGAAGCGAAUAACAAGGAUUUUCUCAAAAGCUCUAAUAUCACUCAUGUCUUAACCGUUGCUGUGGCCUUGGCUCCUCCUUAUCCUGAUGAUUUUGUCUACAAAGUCAUUGAAGUGGUUGAUAGAUCCGAGACCGAUUUGACAGUAUAUUUCGAUGAGUGUUAUAGCUUCAUCGACCAAGCUAUUCAAUCUGGUGGUGGUGUUUUGGUUCAUUGCUUCAUGGGAAUGUCUAGGAGUGUGACUAUAGUGGUGGCUUACCUGAUGAAAAAGCAUGGAAUGGGAUUCUCUAAAGCUAUGGAACUUGUAAGGAGCCGACGACAUCAGGCAUAUCCUAAUCCCGGUUUCAUUUCGCAGCUCCAGCAAUUUGAAAAAUCCAUCCAAGGUAAUGCAUGAUUGCUUCAGCUGAUAAGAAGAUUCAAGAUAGUGGCAUGAUGAACUCUCAUGAAAUUCCGGCAAGUGUCUUCAGCCCCAUGUUGGCCAAAAAAGUUGAUUGGUUUCGUGCUGUGAAGGAUUUUUUCUUGUGAACUAUUGAUGGUGAGCACUUUGCCAUGUCCAUUAGCCAAUUGAAAUGAAUGAAAACGCAGAAUUUACAUUUCCUCUGUUACUACAAUGAAUAUAUUUUCUAGGAGGAUCAGUGUGAAUUUAACCAAACCAAUCCCAUACCCAAACCAGACUGAAAAUUGGUUGGUUUGGUUUUCGACCCUUGCAUUGAAUGUUAACCGAUAUCUUGAUCGAACGUGAGUUUUUUUUUUUUUUUUUCUUGUUUCAUUGCCUUGUCGAUCAAUAUUGUAUAUAACGUGAUAGACCAUGAACAAAUUGAAUAUCGAAGUAGGAGUUAGAUUUCUUUACUCGUAAUUAAAUGGGGCAUGCACCUUGCA